CGACCAGAGAUGGGCGGCUCUGAUCCGAAAUUUGAGCAGCUCGUGCGACUCCAUCGCUAAGAUUCUUGCGCAGUGGAGCACGACUGCACGUUGCAGUGGUGAGAGCAUAUAUAAAGUGACCUUGACUUCUUCAUCAACGUUCGGCCGACGGCUAUGGAGAUGAUCCGCUUCUCCAGCAUCUCAUUCGCUGAUUAGUUCAAGUGUAAGGUGCGUUCCUCUCCUAAAUGACCGAAACACCACUUCCCAGGUGUGUCCAACAAUCCUCUUUGAGCAGGAACGUCGGGACCGCGGUGGUGGCGCUGCUCCGUAGAAAUACUCCUGAUUUGCUGAGCUGCACCUCCCCAAGCCUUAGUCCGUCGUUCGUCUUGCCACUAUCACCGGAGAGGUGUCGAAUCUCUGAGGGAAGACGCGAAGUAGCCCGAGGCAUAGUCGGGGCGUAUUUUUUCUCUGGGACAGCGUCGAAUCGGCGUGCUUCACCUCGUGACGAGUUCAUCAUCAUUGUACUACGCUAGAAAAGAGACUGUGGUGGUGGUGCCUCCAUUGUUGUUGCGCCCUGCGAGCGGGAUGAUGCUUUGCAAGGAGGGGUGCCCCGGGUGCAGGCUUGAUGAGAUCAACAAUGCCAAGACUGGCAUCCCAUAUCUCAACUUCUUCUACAUCUGGGUUGUUUGUCUUUGCUCCACGCUACCUAUCCAGUCAUUGUUUCCCUAUCUAUACUUCAUGAUCAGAGACUUGAAAGUCGCAAAGCAAGAACAAGACAUUGGGUUUUAUGCUGGUUUUGUUGGGGCUACUUAUUUCCUUGCAAGAACCAUCAGUGCUGUGCCAUGGGGCAUGUUUGCUGACAAAUAUGGGAGGAAGCCCUGCAUUGUAAUCAGUAUCCUCUCAGUGAUCAUAUUUAACACCCUCUUCGGCCUUAGCACGACUUACUGGAUGGCAAUUGUAACUAGGGGUCUACUUGGGUUACUUUGUGGUAUAUUAGGGCCAAUCAAGGCCUAUGCUUCAGAAGUCUGCAGGAAAGAGCACCAAGCUCUAGGAAUUUCUCUUGUUACAUCUUCGCGAGCAAUAGCUUUUGUUAUUGGACCAGCCAUUGGAGGGUUUCUUUCACAGCCUGCAAAUAAGUACCCCAGUAUAUUCUCUCAGGAAUCCAUAUUUGGAAGAUUUCCGUACUUCCUCCCUUGCUUCGUCGUAUCCGUUCUAGCAGCAGGAGCAUGUGUUGCAUGCAUUUGGCUUCCGGAAACUCUGCACAUGCACCGUUAUAACAACGUAGAAGCUUCUGACGGAAUGGAGGCACAAGUUCCUGAUUCAAGCUUAGAUGGGAAACCUAAACAAUCUUGGUCAGAGAGAUUUGCAUCUACAAAGAGCUUGCUAAAGAACUGGCAUUUGAUGUCAUCAAUUAUCCUCUAUUGUAUAUUUUCUCUCUAUGAUACAGCUUAUUAUGAGAUAUUUUCACUAUGGGCUGUGAGCAGCAGAAAAUACCACGGACUAAGCUUUACAUCUCAGAAUGUUGGUACUGUGCUAGCUAUCUCGGGUUUUGGCAUUUUCAUCUAUCAACUUUUGAUUUAUCCAUUCCUUGUCAAAUAUGUUGGGUUAAUGAAGCCAUUCCGUUCUGCAGCGGUAUUAUCUAUACUUGUCAUUGCAACAUAUCCAUUCAUGGCCAAUCUACAUGGUAUGGAGCUCAAAGUACUCGUCAACAUAGCUUCACUUCUGAAAAAUAUCUUUGCAGCUACGAUUACGACUGCAUGCAACAUUCUACAGAACACCGCAGUGACACAAGAACACAGGGGUGUUGCAAAUGGUAUCUCCGUGACUCUGAUGUCAAUCUUUAAAGCAGUUGGUCCAGCAGCAGCAGGAAUUUUGUUUUCGUGGUCUCAAAAGAACGUAACUGGGUUGUUCUUACCAGGUGAUCAUAUCCUUUACUUAUUGCUCAAUAUGGUGGCAGUAAUUGGUCUCACGCUGACUUUCAAGCCAUUUUUCUCUAUGCCGAGUGCAAUGAAAUGAUGAGCCCAUGGUUAAUCACAUUUGGAAGGUGGUUUGUUCACCUUUAUUGAUGUAAACAUACAUAGAAUCUGGUUACAUUAGGUAUUGGUCAUCGAAUGAAUAAACAUAAUCUUUUUCUGUGUCAAGUGAGUAAUUGAAAGUUUCAAAAAAAAAAAAGGUGAGUACCUGAAAUGGAACCCUUUAGACCAGCUUGAGGCAUGAUUGUUGUCACACUUGUAAUCUUUUUUUGCAAGGAUAUUUGUAAAUAACUUGUCAGGUGCCCUGUCCAAAAU